AUGGAUGGAUAUGAUAAAAGAGUUAGGCCUCCUGCUUAUCCUAAUGGUGACAAUACAUCAGGUCCUGUUAAAGUUUAUGUUAACAUGUUAAUAAGAAUGAUUUCUAAUAUUGAUGUUGUUAAUAUGGAAUACUCAAUGCAAAUAACUUUUCGUGAACGUUGGAGUGAUGCUAGAUUGGCAUAUGAUAAAUAUUUUACAUCAGAUAUGCCUGAAUUUAUAACUGUUCCUCAUGUAAAAAAUAGUUUAUGGAGACCAGAUAGUUUUUUUAGUACUGAAAAAGUUGCUCAUGGUCAUACAAUAGAUACAGAAAAUAUGUUUUUACGAAUUUAUGCUGAUGGAAUGGUUUAUUAUAGUGUUAGGUUAUCUUUAAUUUUAAGUUGUAGUAUGUAUUUACAAAUGUAUCCACUUGAUACACAAUUUUGUGAUCUAGAUAUGGCAAGUUAUGCUCAUACAGCAUCUGAUAUUAUAUAUAUUUGGGAUAAUGCUACUGGAAGUCCUAUACAAUUUAAGAAAGGUGUUGAUAAUUCAUUACCAAAUUUUAUUCUUGUUAAUCAUACAGUUAAUACUGAUUGUACACAUGUAACAAAUACAGGAAGUUAUUCAUGUAUAAGACUUAGACUAGAAUUAACAAGACAAUUUAGUUAUUAUUUAAUUCAAUUAUAUGGACCAACAACAAUGAUAGUAAUUGUAUCAUGGGUCUCUUUUUGGAUAGAUAUGCAUUCAACAGCUGGACGUGUGGGUCUCGGUAUCACUACACUUCUUACAAUGACUACUUUGCAAUCUUCAAUUAAUGCCAAAUUACCACCAGUAAGUUACAUAAAAGUAGUUGAUGUUUGGUUAGGAGCCUGUCAAACAUUUGUUUUUGGAGCAUUAAUUGAAUAUGCCUUUGUAUCAUAUCAAGAUAAUAUUUUACAAGCUAAAAAAGUUAAACAAGAAACUAUCAGAAAAGGAUUAAAUAGAUUAGGAAGAGAGUCACAGGUUCAAGAAACUACAUUUUAUCAACCACCUUGCACCUGUGGAUAUUUAUUACCACCUGUACAAAAUGAGUCAGCAUUUCAAAAAUUUAUUAGAAAAUGUUUUACAAAACCUGACUAUUUACCAGCUAAAAUUGAUUAUUAUGCAAGAAUAUUUGUUCCACUUUGUUUUAUACUAUUUAAUGUAGGUUACUGGAACUUUUGUUGGUACAUGGAAACACGAUGGCCACCACAACGUUUUGACAAACCAUUAAAUUCCUAG